UGCAGGCGGAGCAGCGGCAGCGGUAUCCGGUCCCCCAACCCCGGACCCGGAGCGGCUGCGAUGAGGCUCAGGAUGAUUUCGGCUGCCUCCGUCCUCGUGCUGCUCUUCCUGCCUUCGGAAAGCUGCUCCCCGCUGCAGCCCCGCUGGGAGCCGGCCGCCCCGCGCCCCCCCCACGGACUGUGCCGACCGCGGGGGGCAGCGCCCGGCCCGGACCCCCCCCGAACUCCGCGUGCGCUGCAGGCUGGGAAGAGACGAGAAGGGAAACCCAACUCUCUCGACCUCACCUUCCACCUUUUGCGCGAGUUUCUCGAGAUGUCCCGGGAAGAGAGACUGGCGCAGAAGGCGCUCAGCAAUAAGCUGCUGCUGCAGAGUAUAGGGAAGUGACGGGAGGGGUCCCGACGGACGGAGGGGACGAAGCCCGGAGCAGCGAAGCGGGGACCCCCCCCCCCCCCCC